AUGUCAACAGACACUGGCAGUAGCUCAAGGAGCUUGGUCAAGUUAAACAUUGGCGGCACAAAGUAUCUUACAACACGCGACACUCUGUUGAGUGCACAGAGCACAUUCUUUACAGCUUUGUUGAGUGGAAGUUGUGGAAAUGCGAUGGACAGCGACGGCCACUACUUUAUCGAUAGAGAUGGAGACAUCUUUGCACAUAUAUUGAGCUACAUGCGCACGGGAUACUUCAACGCCAGCGAUCACAUACAACAGAGACGCGCACUGAUAUACCGCGAAGCAGACUUUUACGGAAUACGUUCACUAAUCUCGUUGCUGGAACCGGCAACAUGUUCAGCCGGCGGUCAUCACUUUGUGGCCUCCAUCACCACACGCGAGAAUCGCUCGCCCAUAACCAACGCCAUCACCAAGGCCAACUUCCUAAUCAUAACCUAUGCCGAUGGUGCCAUUGAAUGUUGGGUGUACAAAGGACUAUCUUAUCACUGGGCUCUGUUCUUCACGCUGCAUAGCAAGCUGCCACACCUCAAUGGACUGGUGCUGUCAAUCACAAAGAACAAAUACAAUGAAGUUGCCAAUCUGAUACUUUGUGGAUUCACCAAAGACAAGCAAGUGGCACUCUGGAAGAUCAAAGUGGAAUACAUUCAGUUCCAGGCUAUGAUUAUCAGGGAACAUGUAUUUAGCGUCGAGCAUUACAUCCACUUCAUUCAUUUCUUGGUCAAUGGUUACUUCUUAGCCAUCGUAUCAAAGCUUGGCAAGUUGACAAUUGUGGACAUUGCCAAUGAUCAACAGACACCAACUCCUGGAGUGGCGCCACUCCUACAAGCUCUACAGCCACAGACAACUCAGACAACACAGUCCCAACAACAACAACAAUUGCCUCCACUUCAGAUGAAGACAUUGACAAUCGAUCAUCAGGUGACAGCCAUCGCAGACAUUGAGUACUCUUUGUACUUGGGAUGUAGUAAUGGCACGGUCAUUGAGCUCAAACAGAACAUUAGGGACAACUGGGACUGGAAACUCGAGGAAGUUUACAAGCUCAACAACGUCGAGUAUCUUCACAACCCGAUGUUUGCAUCGCCCGCCAACUCUGAGGGCAUGAUCAUUGGCCAGAAACUGCGCAACUUGGACUUAGGCCUUGACGAUCAUUCAUCUGGCGGCCCGCCAAUCCCUCACACACGCACCGCCUCCAUGCCCGACGACGGCGAGCUUGUCAGCGCAGAGUCACUGCUGCGCACAUUCGAUCAUUCCUCACCCGACAAGAUCAUCACGUGCAUCUCAAUCGCCAACAUUCAGCUGGGCGCCGUAGGUAACGGCCGCGCAGCAAUGGUCAUUGGCACACUUGAGGGCACAGCCCACCUUUGUUUCCGAGCGACACGCGGCCGCACCGACCCCUACAUGCCAGGCGCCAAGAUGGUCAUCACCGAUGCCGGUGCCAAGCUGCAUGGCACCACACACCAACUCGACCCGAUCACCAGCGUCGUCGUAUCUGGCGGCAACGAGGGCGUGUUCAUCACCGCACACACACAACAGCGACUCACCAAGUCAUGGCAGUACAAGUACACCAACCCCACCUACCCUCACAUGAUCAAGUGUCUGAGCGUGCACUCAUUGGUCGCCAGCAACGGCUUUGCAGCCCCCGCCUACGCCGACAUUGCCAAGUUCAAGUGCUUCCACCACCUGCACUACGCGACGCCCAAGUCACAGGGCAUACAUGUGCCGCUGCUCAAUCACACCAACUCAUUCCAGUCGUCCACUGUCUCGCAGGAUGGAUCGUCAUCUGGUUCGCCCACCAACGGUGGCCACCAUCACUUCAUCAAUGGCACAAUCAAGAAGAACUCAUUGGCUUCACAACAUCGAUCGUCGUCGGGCAGCCACAACACUGGCGGGGGGACGACAGGAGGCAGCGGCGGGUCCAGUCCCCAAAUCACACCCAACUUCACACCAGAAGAGCCGGACAAUCCGCGAUUGAGUGUUUCGCCCUACAACCAGGUGUAUCUGAGUACGGGCGAACCAGGUGGCAGUCGCGAGUUGGUCGUCUACGCGCAGAGCCAUCGAAGACUAGGUGAAGCGUUGCCAACCAAUGUCGAGCUGGGCACGGCAAUGACCAUGCCACUGGCACGUAUCCCACUGAUUGACAGCACGCCCAUCAUCAAGGUGCUCACCGUCACGUUUGGUGGCGUCGACCCUGUGCUCAGCGACCUAGCCUACCUCAUGUUGACCAUCCACGAGUCCAAUGGUGUCUACUGUUGGGAUCUGCGAGAUAUCGAUGACUCAUUCGCAAAGUGA